AGAACAUACAAGCAACAAGUUCAUGUUAUAACAGACGAGUGAGGUUAUUCAGCAAAACUGAAUCCACGUGGGACACGCCUUCCAGAUAAAGUUCAGAAUGAAUAAUACCGACAACACUUGUACCAUCAACACCAACAGCAGUGAUUGUACAGACAAUGUGCUUCUGGGUUUGGGUUACAGCGUUGUGUUUCUCCUGGGUUUUCUCGCCAAUGCAGCUGCUCUGUGGGCCUUCAUUGGCAAACGGAAGUCUUGGACAGACACACACAUCUACAUGUUGAACCUGGCCAUAGCCGACUCCCUCUUGGUGAUCUUCCUUCCCUUCAGGAUCUAUGACUCCUUCUUCUGCCUGCCAAAGACCAGACUGUGUACUUUCCUCAUUUAUCUACACUUCGCCAACAUGUAUGCCAGCAUUGGGACCACGACGGCCAUCAGUGUGCAGCGCUACCUGGCUGUCAGGUUCCCAGUGAAGGCCAGACUAUGGAAGAGGAAGAAAGAGGCGGCUUUCGUUGUGUGUUUAGUCCUCUGGGUUGUUCUAUUGAUCAUGUGUGUUGUUUUCCGAGAGGAGAAUUAUCCCAAGAACCUGUGGGCAUGUUUUGACAGGUGUAAAGAUCGUCCACUUAGUUUCAAGUUUGUUUUGCUUCUUGUAGUUUUUGGUUUCUUCGUUCCAUUGUUGGUUGUUGUGUUUUGUUCCAGUCGGAUCAUCUGUAUUUUGCAAAAGAAAGGAAAAGACCUGAAAAGCACCAGUGGCAUUGUCACAGCAAACAUGAUUGUUUUCAUCAUUUGCUACACACCUAUCCAUGUUGCUUUUCUUGUUAAUCACUUCAAUGUCGUACCUGAAAACUGGAAAUGUACAUAUAUACCUGAACAUGUAUUUUUAGUUGUCUCUGAAUGGAUCGCCGCCACAAACUGCUGCUUUGAUUCUAUCAGCUAUUACUUGUUAUUAAAAAGGUUUUACUCAUAAUCUUCCAUCCAUGCAAGUCCGGGUCAGAGGAGCAGGAUCCAGUUCAAGGUCACACUGGGUGAAGUGCAGCUCCAAAACCUGAACUUUUAGAAACUGUAAAGAACAUGAAUUCAUUUCAUUGUGAACAAGUUGAUAUUUCAUGUUUCAAGCCAAACUCAGAGUUUGCUUUUGUUUUUGU